AUGGAGCCAGAGCUCUCACCCGAGCUCACAACAGUGCCCCUUGGGGAGAAUGGGAGUGCCCACCUGGUGCCCGACACAGCCCUGCUGCCCCCAGAGAAGGGCACGGCCAUGUUCAUCAUCCGUUGUGUGAUCCCAUCGCUUUACCUCCUCAUCAUCACUGUCGGCUUGCUGGGCAACAUCACACUUAUGAAGAUCUUCAUUUCCAACAGUGCCAUGAGAAGUGUGCCCAACAUCUUCAUCUCCAGCCUUGCAGCUGGUGAUCUGCUGCUGCUAGUGACCUGUGUCCCCGUGGACGCCUCCCGGUAUUUCUCUGAGGAGUGGCUCUUUGGGGAGCUGGGCUGCAAGCUCAUCCCUGUCAUCCAGCUCACCUCCGUUGGUGUCUCCGUCUUCACUCUCACUGCCCUCAGUGCUGACAGGUACAAAGCAAUUGUAAAUCCCAUGGACAUCCAGACCUCCAGUGCAGUGCUAUGGACCUGUCUUAAAGCCACUGCCAUCUGGGUAAUCUCCAUGCUCCUAGCAGUUCCUGAAGCAGUGUUCUCCGAGCUGGCUCACAUCAAUGACACGGAUAAUGCCACUUUCACAGCGUGCAUACCAUACCCCAUGACAGAUGACAUGCACCCAAAGAUCCAUUCUGUGCUGCUUUUCCUUGUAUAUUUCCUUGUGCCUCUUGUGAUUAUUAGUAUCUACUACUAUCAUAUUGCAAAGAGUUUAAUAAAAAGUGCUCACAACAUCCCUGGAGAAUACAGUGAGCAUUCCAAAAGACAGAUGGAAACUCGGAAACGUCUGGCAAAAAUUGUUCUAGUUUUUGUUGGCUUCUUUGCUAUCUGCUGGUUUCCUAACCAUGUGCUAUACAUGUACCGAUCUUUUCAUUACAAUAAGAUUGAUCCAUCAACAGGACACAUGGUUGUUACCUUAGUGGCCCGAGUGCUAAGCUUCUGCAAUUCUUGUGUCAACCCAUUUGCAUUGUAUUUUCUCAGUGAGAGUUUCAGAAGGCAUUUCAACAACCAGCUUUGCUGCAGGAAGAAAGCUCAGCAAGAGAGAUCUGCCAGCUACUUGCACAACUCUUCUGCCAUUCAAAUGACUUCCCUGAAAAGCAAUACCAGGAACACAGCAACGACCAUGACACAACUGAAUGGGCACAACUUGAAACAAGAAAUGUCAUUAUGAUUUAACAUGUGUAAUUUUUGACUGUGAAACAAAUUUGAACAUUUUAUUUGCAGUUUGUAACUCACUUUUGGCUCUCGUGAUUAGACUGUCUAAGUACUCCAAACAGAGGUUCUCUCAAAGUCUGGCCAGUAUCAGAUUAUCUCACACCUAGUCUGACUCUUAGAUAGAAAUGAGCAGUACAUUUUAUUGAGAAACCAAAACUGACUGGUGUUACACUGUACUUUAAAGGACAUGCUAGUAUGUGUUUAACAUGAAGGAAAGCAGGGUAUCUGAUAUAAUAUUGCUUUAAAAAGUUUAGAUUUUCUGAUUUGAAAAAAUAUGUAUUUUCAACUGAAUAUUGAUCCAGGCUUAUGUUUUACUCUAAUAGAUUUUGCAUUAUUUUAGCUGUGUGGUAUCUACAAACAUUGCUCAUUAAGACUGUUAGGCAUUUUGGACUCAAUUAAAGGGCCAUUGCAACACAUAAAUUCUAGUUUCAGAUAAAAAAGUAUUCAAGUAUCGAGUGCCAGAUCUUUACCUCAUUGAAAUCCACCUUGUUAGUUCACUUUGGUAGAUGUACAUGAUGAGAUUUUACUCUUUGAAGCUUCUGUUUGCUGCCGAGGUCAGAAGUUUAUCUGCUAAAAUUUCAUUCUUUUCAUGGUUAACAUAUCAAAAGAAAAAUGUGUGCAACAUGCAGGUUUUCUAGAACUCAGUGUCUGAAAGCUCAUUUCUCUGACUGUUAAGACUGUGGCACCAUUGGUUUAGAGUUUCUACAUGCUAUUUAUUUGCUGCUACCUGAUGUUGUUGAUAUCAGUACACAGCUAAGAAGGAUGCUAAGUGUACUGGGAGGGCUGAACAUUCAAGAAGGUAAAAUUCUGAGUGGCUACUUCACAGGGGUUCUGUGGCAAGUUUUCAUACAGCUCAGCAGGAUCUCAGAGUGCAGAACCCAGAUUAAUACCAGACAAAACCAAACUGAAGGAUGCCAUGCAGGAGCACACUCAACAUACUCUGAUCGCUAAGGAUCAUCCAGACCAUGGGCCAGAUGAGUCCUAGUCUGAAACAACCCACAACUAAUGAAACAGGGUGGCUGGCAUGAGUAGCUGGCAUUGGUUGCUCAGUACCAGCUGUUUGCUUUCUGUGUUUUAAGCACAUGUCUUAUGAGGAGUUGCUGAAUGAGCGGGAGUUAUGUAAUCUGGAGAAAAGGAGGCUCAGAGGGGCCUUAUCAGUCUCUAAAACUCUGUGGAAGGAGUUUGAAGCCAGGUGGGGGUGAGUCUCUUCUUCGAAGUAAUAACUGACAGGCCGAGAGGAAAUAGCUUCUAGCUGUGUCAGGGAAUGUUUAGAUUACAUUUUAGGAAAAAUGUUUUCACUGAAAGGGUGAUCAGGCAUAUUAGAAUAGGCUACCUAGGUAAGUGCUGGAAUCACUAUCCCUGGAAAUGUUCAAAAAGAGUGUGUAUAUAUCAGCUGGGGAUAUGGUUUAGUGGUGAACAUGGUGGUGCUAGGCUAAUGGUUGAAUGCGAUGAUCUUAGAGGUCCUUUCCAAUUUUAACUAUCUUGUGAUUCUAUUCUAUCUUCUAGAUCUACUCCUAAUGCACACACUGUUUACCAGUCUCAACAAGGCUCCAGUACUGUUGAAAAUCUGAUACUUUUUCUUUUCCUGAAGGCUCAUGUGCAUAAAUAGUCAAUGCACUUCUGAAAAUCCUGUCUGAGCUGCCUAAAAAAAUGAUUUUCUAAUGUUUUUGUUAGUCAUUCCAGUGCCAUGGGCAGCAUACAUCUUUGUCAUUAUUCCUAGGAGGACAUUUUCAAGGUACAUGGUCAGUGCAGACCUGGGAUUUAAACAACUGGGAAUGCUGUGUGAGGCUCUAGUACCAAUUACCAUCACGUCCAAACAAAUUUGCUAGGAGGAUCUGCUCCUCUUUUUUUCAGUUACAGAUCUCUGCUAGGGAUACUCCAUACAAAGCUUGCAAAACUGCCCUUCAGAUCUCAAGAAAGCAAGAAGUUCAGCCCUAAAAUAAUAUAUUUUUUUAAAAAUUUUUUCAAUCAGUUCACAUGCCAACACAGGUAGUCAACUAGGCACAAAGACGGAAACAUAUUUCUGCUGCUCAGGCAAGGCUGUUCAUAGAAAAGCUUCUGGGGAGAGUCAGAGCUGAUUCCCCCUUACACAGCUGCAUGGUGUCAGAUGAAUAAUUAUUCCCAAGCCAGGUGAGAGGCUAGCUGGGGCAGGGUUUGUUUUGUGUCUGAGCUUCAGAGAGAAAAUGCUCACAGUGUCCUUCUUAGGAGAAGGGGCAGUAAUGGCAGAUAAGGGCACCUUGUGAAAUUAUUUUGUUAUGGCCAGUUCAUGAGCCAAAUGUAAUUUUAAAUACCUUUCUCUUUGAAAUUGGAUGGAACUGCGCCAGCACAGAUCUCUCUGUCACAACACUGUAUCCUUGACUUCUGCAGUGACUUGUCUAAGGUGAAUACUAGAAAGUAAACCAGAAAUUUAGAUUGGAUUUCAGAAUUAGUUUCCAGCCUUAUAAGUUCAAAAGCUGAAGUGCUAAUGCAGUAUAGCAACUCACUAUUCCUUUUGUCCUUAUUUAUGCACUUGCAUUUAUUUAGUUCUGUUUGUAACUGUGGAACCAUCGGAAGUUCAAAAUUUCUUUCUCAAUUCCCCUGUCUUCAAGACUAGUCAUACCCCUGCCCCAAUUUUUAAAGCAGCAAGAAGUUAAACUGAUGUAAUCUGUACAUGAUUUAGCCAAUUAUCUGAGAAAAAAAAAUCCCCAGUUGUUACCACUCAACAGGGAAAGUAAUAGAUUAGAGUUCUUAAUGUCAACCAGCAUGGUCCAGUUGGAUGGACCUAUAGGGUGAUGUAAUGUAGUUAAAGUUGUGUGCAGCAUUCAAAUGAGAAAACUUAUGAAGUUCAGUGUAGUUCAGCUCCAUACUACCUGCCCUAAAUGAUUGCUGUUGCCCUGUGGCUUCAGUGGCUCCUUGGAAGGUUUUACACAAACGAGCCAAUUGAUUCGAACUUGUAAAUCUAUGUGUAAUGGUUUAGCAAAUUGUCACCUGUCGUGGUUUAGGAAUGGUAUUCCACAAUCUAGUGUUCCCAAAGUUUUGGAUUCCGCACUUCUGAUCAGUCUCGAUUCCUUUUUACUCACAAAUAUUUCACACCUGCAAACCACAAAAGCUUAAUCUUCCUCUGUCAAUUCUUAGUGCUGAUCACUGACUGCAAUCAAGUUUCCCAUUCAUUUGUGCUGGUUUUUUUCUGGUUCCCAGCUCCUGAUUUUGUUUAGCAACUUUCUACACUGCAUAGCAUUUCACAGGACUUCUAAAUCCAUUGUGUUCUUUAUUUCCUAAAUGCAUUUGUCUGAUGGGGACAUUACCAGAUGAUACAGGUGCCCUACCGGAAAAAUAAUAAUCUAAUUUGUAGUAGAUUUGAUGCUUGUGUUUGAUUCAUACUCUUCACUCAGCAUCUUAAAGUGCUGUGUGUGUUAUGGACAGCAUGAGCCAGCUUUCUGGCAGAACUGCAAGAUACAUUAUGUUUCUUUUUGUUGUGAGGGGAAGGUGUUCUAGACUAUAAUUCCUUCUUGUCAGGAAAUCAGCACAAUUUUGGUUCAUUAUUUCCCAGGCCUAAUACUCCAAGUCUGUUUUGAGUAAGUAACCUAAACUGUAUAUAGGUCCUCUCAAAUUCUUGUAGCAUGGUGUGCUGGAAUUAGUUAAUCUUUCUGGAGCUUUACUGGAUGUAUUGCUAGCCCAAUAUGCACAUUUUGGAAGUGUCUGUUACUGUGUUUCUGUACAUAUUGUAUACAAGUACAGCUGUAUGUAUAAAGCUAUUUUCAGAGAACACUACUUGCUAACAAUUAAAUGAUUGUAGAACACAUUUUAUGAAGUAUUUUCUUCUAACUGUAGUCAAAGAAACAAAGGAAAUCCAUAAAUGAGAUCGUCACCUUUUCACAUACUACAUUUAGAUCUGUGCUAAAACAGUUGUUAAAAUACCACCUGAUUAUUUCUUUCUGUUAUGAAAACUUUCUCAUUUCAGAAACAUCAGUUCUUUUCUGUCUUCCUCUCCUGAAUUUUGAGAUGGUGUCUUUCAAACAUAUUUUUGCAACAAUUGAGAAAACUACCAUCCCUUCUCAGUGUUUGAAAAAUGAGGGAAUAGAGGCAAUUACUGUUUCCUCAGUGUAAGACUUUUUUUUUCUCUAGACUAAAGCUAGUACAGAAUAAGUCUGAUAGCAUCUUGUCACUCCACCCUGUCAGUCAUAUAAACAUUAUAUACACUGGUGAAUUCUGAAAUGUCAGUAUGGUUAAAUUCUUAACUGACCUGAGACACCACAUUUAGUAUUACACUGUGACAUAAUAAUUAUCUUCAACAAAACCACUUCAGUUACAAUAUGGAACAAAUCUUUGCAACACGCCUGCCCCAUAAAUAUUUUUCUUAGCUCAGUCAAAUAGGUUUACAGAAAUUAUGUCCCAGAAGUUAGUCAGGCUGUGAAGUCUAGGCUCAAAGGGGGAAGGUGAUAAGACCAGUGUCGUAGUUUGAGACCCUUAAAAUCCAAUUCUCGAGUCGAAGCCCCCCUACCACAUCUCACCCCAGUGAGAUGGGUUUUCCAGACACUAGACAAGACUCAAUAUGAGGGGAAAGGGAAUUAUAUUACAAUCACUGUACAAAUAAAUAUUACAAUACAUCAUAUACAUAAUCUUAACUAUCUCUCCUAUGAUAAAUCAGUAUUUACAAUGGAUCAAUCUCUUCUUCCAGUAAAAGUUCAGAAGGGAAGAAGGAAGAGAUCGUUUCCACUCUCAGAACAGCAGUGUCUCUCCUCUUCCAUGCAGCAGCUGUAGCUGGACUGCUGUAGCUGGAUCUCCUUCCAUUACACACAAGGGGGGGUCUCCUCUCACCCCCUCUCUCUCCCGUGGACUGCGAUAUCAGGGACAAGCUCGCAUCACCACAUCAUAUCAUGAAGUGCAGGGGGUCUUCAUGACGGUCCCUUUCCUCAGGGGAUUCACCCCUGAGUCAGAACGUCUCGGGCAGCUUUCAGUUGAAAGCCUUUGCCUCAACCAUUCUAUCAGAGCUCCUGUGCUCUGUCUUAGCUGCUGCCAGCUUGGCAGCAGCAGCGGGGCAGGGGGGCAAGGUCACCCCCUCCGCAUUCCGUCUGGCCGUCCCAGUCCAGUUCCGGGAUGUCUUGAGCUUCUUAGCUCCUCUGUCCGGUGCAUGCUGCACUCCAAGACUCCUCUCAAAUAGGAGUCCAUCUCCUCCUCCUCUCUAGGAGGUCUCAGAGAGGUUUGGGGGGUUUGUUUCAGUUCUUACCCCAAACUCUCUCUCUCUGUAGAGCUUAGUCCUGCUCUGUCUCUCUCCGUUGGAGAUCUCUGUGUCUUCCUGCUUGGCUGCAGGCCGUCUCUGCUACAUCUUAUCUCUUUCUGGCUCUCUGCCAUGGUUCUGCAUCCACUGCUGCUCUGCUGCCGCUUUUAGUAUCUCCUGCUGCCCACUCACAGUGGAGAAAGACUCUCAGCUUCUCAGUCACAGACUCUGGUCCAGUUUAUUACUGUUUCCAAGUUUCUAUGACUCCAGCUGGGGACUGGGGGGCCGUGGCUCCCCAGAGGGGCUCUUGCCCCUUCUCCUCGUGGCUUUACAACAUGGCCACUUCCCAACAACUACAACAUCCUUCUUUUCCGGUCUGGUUGUGAUAUGUUUAUAUUUUGCAGGAGUGCUGAUUGGUUCAACCCCAAGGAACACCACCCCCUUGGGGGUUACCAUUUUUUUAACUCCAGGGGGAAAACUUUUUUUCCCCCACCACAGCCAGGCUCACUAAAGAUGAGCCUAGGGGUGGCAUACCUGGGAUGGAGGCAAAACCAUUAACCCAUUUGAAGUGCAUCUACACCAAUGCACUCAGUAUGGCCAGCAAGCAGGAGGAGCUGGAAGCCACUGUACAGCAGGAAAGUUAUGAUGUAGUCACUAUCACAGAAACAUGGUGGGAUGACUCUCACAACUAGAGUGCUACAAUGGAUAGCUAUAAGUUCUUUAGACAUUGUACAAGUGGCUGGCAAAAGUCUCAUGCUUGCUGACCCUUGUACUCGUGGGUGACUUCAACUUGCCAGUUGUCUGCUGGAAAUACAGUGAAGCAGAGAGGAAGCAGUCUAGGAGGUUUCUGGAGUGUGUGGAAGACAAAUUCCUAAAAAAACUGGUAAAUAAACUUUCCAGAGGAGGUGCUCUAGUAGACCUGUUUUUUCUGAACAAUGGAAGACUGGUGGGUGAUGUGGUGGUUGGUGACCGUCUUGGACAUAGUGACCAGGAAUGGUAGAGUUUUCAGUCCUGGGUGAAGUAAGGAAGAGAGCACCAGCAGAACUUCCACCUUGAACCUCCAGCAAGCAGACUUUGGCCUACUUAGGACAUUGAUUGACAAAGUCCCUUGAGAAUCAGGGGACUUUCCAAAAGGGCAAAGGACUCCAGGAGUGAUGGGUGUGCUUUAAAAAGGAAUUGUUAAAUAUUCAGGAGUAAGCUGUCCCCACGUGCAUAGAAAAACAAGUCAUCAGGAAAAAAGACUGACCUGAUUAAACAGAGAAGUUAUGCUGGAAUUUAGGGAAAAAAAGAGAAUCUAUCAUCUCUGGAAGGAGGGUCAGGUAACUUGAGAGGACUACAAGGAUGAUGCAAGGUCGUGUAGGGAGAAGAUGAGAAAGGCCAAAGCCCAACUAGAACUUGAUUUCGCUGCUACAGUUAAAGACAACAAAAAAAGUUUCUGUAUAUACAUUGGCAGCAAAAGUAGGGUCAAGGAGUGUCUCCAUCAUUUGUCAAAUGCAGAGAGUAGUGCAGUGUCAGGGAAUGAGGAAAAGGUAGAGGUACGUAUUGCCUUCUUUGCCUCAAUCUUCAAUAUUGAGACCAGUUUCCUCAGGAUACCCAGCUCCUAGAGCUGGAAGUUGGUGAUGGGGAGAUGAGUGAAGCCCCCAUAACCCAGGAGGAGAUGGUUACUGACCUGCUACGCUAAUUAGACACUCCCAAGUCUAAGGGCCCUUAUGGUAUCCACCCCUGAGUAAUGAGAGAACUGGUGAAAGAACUUGCCAAACCAGUAUUUGACUGGAAAUUAGCAAAGGUAAUGCCCAUCUACAAGAAAGGUCAGAAGGAUGAUCUAGGGAACUACAGGCCUGUUAGCCUAACCUUGGUUCUGGGAAAGGUUACAGAAGGGUUCAUCCUGAGUGCCAUUACACAGCACAUGCAGGACAACCAAGGGAACAAGCCCAGCCAACAUGGAUUUAUGAAAGGCAAGUCCUGUUUGACCAACUUUGUCCUUCUAUGACAAAGUGACCCUCUUAGUAGAUGAGGAAAAGACUGUGGGUGUCAUCUAUCUAGACUUCAGUAAAGUGUUUGACACUGUCUCCAACAGUAUCCUCCUAGAAAAACUGGCUGCUCAUGGCUUGGAUGGGUGGACUCUCCAAUGGCUAAAAAACUGAGCCCAGAGAGUUAUGGUGAAAGGAGCUAAAUCUAGUUGGCAGCCAGUUGCUAGCGGUGUUCCCCAAGGCUCAGUUUUGGGGCUGGUCCUGUUUAACAUCUUUAUUGAUGACGUAGACAUGGGAAUUGAGUGCACCCUAAGUAAAUUUGCAGAAGACACUAAGUUGGGUGGGAGUGUUGAUCUGCUUGAUUGUUGGAAGGCUCUGCAGAAAGACUUGGACAGACUCUAUUAAGGGCUUAGCACAACUGCAUAAGGUGUAAUAAGGCGAAGUGCUGGGUCCUGUAGCUGGGUUGCAGCAAUCCCAUGCAGCACUACAGGUGCUACAGUCACUGUAGGAGUGACUUGAGAACUGUUCAGGAGAAAGGGACCUGGGAGUGCUGGUUGACAGCCAGCUGAACAUGAACCAGCAGUGUGUACAGGUGACCAAAAUGGCCAAUGGCAUCUUAACCAAUAUCAAGAAUAGUGUAGCCAGCAGGAAGCCAUCAUCCUAACCUGCAUUUGGCAUUGGUGAGGCCACACCUUGAGUGCUGCAUUCAGUUUUGGGUCCCUCCCUUUAAAAAGGACAUUGAGGUGCUGGAGUGUGUCUAGAGAAGGGGAAUGUGGUGGGUUGACCUUGGCUUGACACUAGUUGCCCACCUAGCCACUCUAUCACUCCCCUUCCCAGCUGGAUAGGGGAGAGAGUAAGAUGGAAACAACCUGUGGGUUGGGAUAAGGCAGUUUGUUAAAGCCAAAGCAAAACAAAAGCUUGCAUGGGCAAAAACGAAGCAAAAGAUAAUAAGAUUUAUUCUCUAUUUCCCAUGGGCAGCAAUGGUCAGCCACUCCCAAGAAGCAGGGCUUUGGUAUGCAUAAUGGUUCCUCAGCAGGCAACCAUUGCAGACAAUGAAUGCCUGCCUUCCUGGUCCUUGCCUUAGCUCUUAUAUCUGAGCUGAUGUCAUAUGGUCUGGAAUAUGCCUUUGGUCACUUUGGGUCAGUUGGCCUACUUGUGUCCCCUCCCAGGAUCUUGCCCUCAUUUGAGGAAGGAAUGCUACAGUGCUGAUGUUGUGCUCAGCAGUAGCCAAAACACCAGUGUGUUAUCAACACCCUUCUAGCUACCAAUACAAAGCACAGCACUGUGAGGGCUACCGUGGGGAAAUGAACUCCAGCUCAGCCAGACAACAGGGCAAAGGUAACAAGGUUCACGAAAGGUCUAGAAAAUAUAUCUUACGAAGAAUGGUUAAGGGAGCUGGGUUUGUUUAGUCUUAAGAAGAGGAAGCUCAGAGGGAACCUCAUCACUCUCUACAACUACUUGAAAGGAGAUUCUAGUGAGAUAGGGACCAGUCUCUUCUACUGCACCUGCAGUGAGAGGACUAGAUGAAAUGGCCUUAAGCUGAGACAGGGGAGAUUCAGAUUAGAUAUUAGAAAAAACUUUUUUCACUGUUAAGGUGGUCAGGCAUUGGAAUAGGUUGCCCAGGGUGAGUCAUAAUCUCUGGAGGUGUCUAAGAAGCUUCUGGAUCUGUCAAGAGGUGGAUUUUGUUACUUCAUUCUUUAAAUAAAUGGAGUCAUUUGUGAGUAAGAAGCCUUGCAUCAUUAGUGGCUCAGUGCUCUA